AGAGCCCUGCCCCCGUCUUUAGGAAUCACCACGCCAUCUCUCUCUCUCUUCCUCUCACUCUCAGCGCCUUCCUUCCUCUCUUUUGGUGGCUGCUGUAGUUUCAAGCAUCCAGACUCUCACACACAUACACCCACCCACACUCACACAAACACACACACACACACACACACACACAGACACGCAGGCAUGCCACACACAGACACAGACACACUCGCCCUCCCUCACUUGACAGUCAGUCAGUCCUGCCGGCGAGCGAUCAGCCCAACUUGAGCUUUUCAGAGGGAGAUCAAGGCUCGUGUUUUUUCGCUCUCUCUCUCUCCCCCUCCCUCGCCUCAUCCUCAUUGAGCUCUCUCUCUACUCCUCCUCCUCCUCAUCCACUCGGACUCCCUCCUCUCCUCUCCUCUCCUCCUCCUCCUCCUCCUCCUCCUCCUCCUCUUCCACCUCCUCCUCCUUGCUUCUUUCGUUUCUUCGGGCUUGUGUUCAUUUCCACCUCCCCCCUUGAGGAUUAAGAAAAAAAAAGAAUUAAAAAGCGCAGCAAGCUUCCCCUCGGAUGAUCGCAAGGACACGACCGGUGCCAGCUGCCAGUGGAGCAUGGGUACAACGGCCAGCGCAGCGCCCCUGCCGCCGCCACCGUCGCUGCAUGAGCGAGGCGCCGUUGCCACCGCUACCACCGCCGGCAUCCACGCCAUCCAACACCAGCAGAGUAUCCACGGCAACGGAAUGGCGGACGGACGCCAGUCGCUAGGCGGGGGCUCCCUGCAGACCCUCAGCAUCCACAACAGCAAGGGAAAGUCCAUCAUCACCAACAAGGUGGCACCCGUCGUCAUCACAUAUAACUGUCGGCAAGAGUUUCAGAUUCAUGAUGACUUGCACAAAACCAAUUACAAAGUGGGCAGGAUUGCUGACACGAUGCCCGAGCACUAUCUGGUGCAGGGUUCCUACUUCAUGGUCCAGGACGUGUACAGCAAGGCAGACGUGCUGAACACUGCUGCCAGUCACGGGGCGCCCAACUUCCGGCAGGCCAAGGGCACCUACCCAGUGUUUGGCAUGGGUCAGCCCAGCCUCAAUGGCUUCAAACAGGUCCUGCAGAGGAUGCAGGGACAUGGCCACGAGGAGAUCGUGAUGCUGUGUGUGCGUGAAGAGCCGGUGGUGUUCCUGCGCGUGGGGGGCGGGGACUACGUUCCGUACACGCCGCGCCGCAAGGAGAACCUCCACGAGAACCUGCACGACCUGGAGCCCCAGCACACCGCAGAGGGCCUGGAGGUCACCAUCAGGAAGGAGCUGCACGACUUUUCCAAGUUGAACGAGAACGUGUUCUACGUCUACAACGACAUUGAGCACUUCAAGGAUGAGCCCCAGAAGAUCUCCAUCACCUGCGAAGAGGACAUCCACAUCACUGAAGAGGUCUACAAGAGACCUGUCUUCACAAUGCCUACAUACAGGUAUCACAGACUGCCCUUACCUGUGGAAGGAGCACCACUUGAGGCGGACUUUGAUGCCUUCGUGAAUAUCCUCAGGGCAACCCCCAGCCUGUCCCAGCGACGCGACCCCUCCAGGCCCCUGCCGGCCCUCCUCUUCAGCUGCCAGGUGGGGGUGGGGCGCACCAACCUGGGCAUGAUCCUGGGCACGCUGGUGAUCAACCGCCUCCAACCCCAAACGGACCCACAUACGGACCCGGACGCGGCCACGGACCCAGGCCAGGGCACAGAUGCGGAUAAUAAUAACCCUGUGGCUGAGCAGCCAGAGUCUGACCAGGCUGAGGAUGUGAAGCCCCAGUUUAGAGUCAUCCAGGCGCUUAUCAGCAGACUGCAGAAUGGACAGAAGAUUCUGGAUGAGGUGGAUGAGGCGAUCUCUCUGUGUUCUGAGAUGCACAGUAUAAGAGAGACCAUCUUUGACAACAAGAAGAAACUGGAAGGCAUCGGGGAGGACUACCAGUUCCAGGGAGGUAGCACCAAGGAUUACUUCCUCCAUCGAGCACUGCAGAGCCUGGAGCGCUACUUCUACCUGAUUGUCUUCAACGCUUAUCUCCAUGAACAGUACCCACUGGCGUUUGCAAGCAGUUUCAGCCGCUGGAUGUGCGACAACACGUGGAUCUACCGGCUGCUGGGCCACAUGAACCUGUCUGAGCUGCGGGCACCAGCUGACCUGGUCACGAAGGGCACCAGAGUGCUGGUCUCGGAUGACUACCUGGCCCCUGACGUCUUGAGCACCAUGAAGGAGAUGAAGGUGGCCAACUUCAGACGCGUCCCCAAGAUGCCCAUAUAUGGCAUGGCCCAGCCCACAUCAGAGGCAACUGGCGUGGUGCUGGCGUACCUGACGGAUGAGCGGCGUAAGCACGGCCACGUGCUGUGGGUGAACCUGCAGGAGGAGCUGGUGCUGGAGGGCAACGGCCAGGUGUUCUGCCCCCGCGAGCCCACCUGUCUGGACCAGCACAUCGCUGUGCCUGCUCCCCCUGGACAGCCGCAGCUCAUCGAGCAACAGGAGACGGCCCUCAAAGGGGAGGUGCUGGCCGCCCAGAAGUGGCUGGAGGUGACGCAGGAGCAGGAGAAGCAGAUGAAGAUGUUCAAGAGCUGCCUGACGCCACAGGAGGUCUUCAACCAGCACAAGGCCACGCACCAGGGCCUGGAGUACCGCAGAGUACCCCUGCCAGACUGCAGCGCUCCACGAGAGGAGGACUUUGACCAGCUGCUGGAGGCCAUGAAGAGUACCCUGGCGGAGGACCCCCGCUCAGCCUUCGUCUUCAAUUGCUCCAAUGGCAAAGGAAGGACCACCACAGCCAUGGUUACCGCACUGCUCACACUGUGGCACUUUAAUGGCUUCCCAGAGUUUGCUGACGAUGAGAUCGUUAGUGUCCCCGAUGCCAAGUACACAAAGGGCGAGUUUGAAGUGGUGAUGCAGCUGGUGAGGCUGCUUCCCGAUGGCCACCGUAUGAAGCGGGAAGUGGACAUGGCACUGGACGCCGUCAGUGAGACCAUGACGCCCAUGCACUACCACCUCCGAGAGGUUAUCAUAUCCACCUACAGACAGAUCAAGAGUGGUAAGCCAGAGAAGGAGAGCCAGCAGUUACUGCUGAGGAGUCUUCAGUACCUGGAGCGCUACAUGUACCUGAUCCUCUUCAACACCUACCUGCACCUGGAGAAGAAGGACUCCUGGCAGCUGUCCUUCACCCAGUGGAUGCACCAGGUGGCGUCCCGGGCUGGAGUGUAUGACCUCCUCAACCAGCUGGGCUUCUCGGAGUUUGACAACACCAGGGACUCGCCACUCGCCAGCCUGCGUUGCCGCUGGCAACAGCAGAACGCUCAGCCGCUGCCAUUCCGAGGGGAGUUCAUAUGAGUUUCGCAAGUAGGGGAUGAAAAUGAACUGUUGGAAGGGAAGAGAAGAGAAGAGAAGAGAAGAGAAGAGAAGAGAAGAGAAGAGAAGA